AUGGUACAUGAACAUCCAACUGGAUUACUUGAUAUUCCUUAUGUUUUUGCUAUAGAAGUACAGGGACAAGAUGAAAAAUAUAUCGAGCUCUUUCACAGGGACCCAAAAAAUUUUAUCAAACAGCAAGAGCGGGAUCAACUCAAGAAAGAAUUAUGUGAAGAACUGGAUUGUUUUAAGAUAUGUUUG